GGUACUUACCUCAAGCAAUGUUUUUCAUAAAAUGUCAGUGCAUUUCGAUUCAUUGUAAAUAUUGCAUAGUAAACGGGAUUGCAAACUGUGGUAGUUUUUAAAUUAACAAUGAAGCUUUAUAGUGUUUCUGAUGGACCACCAUCUCUUGCCUGCCGUCAAGCUUUAAAGGCUUUAAAUUUACAAUAUGAAUUGAUUGACGUGGAUUUUGGAAAAGGAGAACACAUGACAGACGAAUAUGCACAAUUAAAUCCACAAAAGGAAAUACCCGUAUUAGUUGACGAUGAUCUUGUUAUGGGAGAAAGUAAUGCUAUUCUACAAUAUCUUGGCGAUAAAUAUGACACAACGGGAAAGCUAUAUUCAAAGGAUCCAAAAGCUCGUGCAAUAGUUAAUCAUCGUUUGUGUUUUAAUUUGGCUAUGUAUUAUCGUAAUAUCUCUGAAUAUGUGCUGGCGCCUAUAUUUUUUGAUUAUAAAAGAACCCCUUUGGGUUUGAAGAAAGUGACAAUGGCAUUAGACGUUUUUAACAAAUAUUUACAACGUGAAAAUUCAGAAUAUGCUGCGGGUAACACGCUAACCAUCGCCGAUUUCCCCUUAAUUACUGCAACCAUGUGUCUAGAUGCAAUCGACUUUAAAUUAAAUCCAUGGCCAUACGUAGAAAAAUGGUAUAAUAAUUUUAAACAAAAUCAUUCGGAGCUAUGGGAAAUCGCAGCAGAAGGUAUGCGAGAAAUUAGUUACUAUGAGAAGAAUCUACCUGAUUUGUCUAGCAUGGAUCACCCGAUCCAUCCGACUCGCAAAAACAAUAAAUAGUCUGAUACUGAAUAUAAUUACCUUACAAUGGUUCUAUAUAAUAGAAAUACUAAAAUGUUUAUAAACUAUUUUCUAUAAUUAAAUGCCAAUAUUGCUAUAUUCUAAUAAAUUAAACGUCUUUUUUUUU